AUGAGCGACUUUGACUACGAGCGUCUCUUCCGCCCGCAGCGGGAGGAUGAUGGUGAGCUGCGACGCAUCACGGAGGACUUCCAGCGACAAAUGAAGUUCAUGGACGACGAGGAUGAGGAGGAGAUGAAUAACCCGGGUGUUACCCCGCCGCGCCCUCCACCCCUCUCGAGCUCGACAGCAGGAGCCACCGCGACGAGUGACACCAACACGAACGGCACCACGGAGUCACAGCAGCGGAACGGGGCGAAGGAGUCCAGGGCGGGUGCCACGUCCCCUCGCAUCCCGCAGCGGGCGUCGCGGGCGGCUGAGCCGGUGGAGGGGCAAAGUUUCACAAGCAGCCCCUCCCGCGGACACCAACAGCUGACGUCAAGUGGCGCACAGACGCCCACGCAAACCUCAAACGAAAAUUCUACCACCCGGUUGCCGGGGUCCGUCGCUGCCGCGUCGGGGGUUACCAGUGAAGCCAGCGGCCCGAAGACGACCCCGGUGUUGGUUCCGGACGCGCUUCCCAAGCCGUUGCCGCCGUAUUUGCAUCAGGAGGAGUGCCCCCCGCCGUACGGGUGGGUGAACGGCGCGCAGGCGAAGCAGCCGCUGGGGGUGACGGCGAUGUCCCCGGGUGUUCCUGUGCAAAAUGUCCGCGCCGUUUCUUCCACGCUUCAGCCGUCGCAGGUGCCGUUUGCGGCGUUUGCCCCGGAAUCUCAGACGCUUGCGGCGACUGGGUUUCCUUUUGGCUUACAAGCACGUUCAAUGAUGCUGCAACCGCAGCCGCAACAGCCGCCACCGCCACCGCCACCACCGCCACCGCCGCCGCCACCGCCGCCGCCGCCACCGCCGCCGCCGCAGCAGCAGCAGCCACCCCAUCAGGCGCAGCAGCAAUCGGCGUCAGGCGCUGCCGUAGCACAGCAUUUUAACAUGAGCCAACAGUCACCAGUGCUACCACCGCAUAUAUCGCCUGCGGCCGGGGCGGCAAUUCCACAGGCUCAACAUGCUUCGCAGGCCCAGACGCAGUAUGUGACAGGAAGUGUUCCACCGGGGUAUGCGCAGGUAUUAGUGCCUGUUCGGACGGCGGAUGGAACGACGGGCUACCAGCUAAUGAUGAUGUCGGCGCAACACAUCUCCCAGGGGACCAACGGUUUCUCUCCCCAGCUCGUGCAAGCGCAGCUGGAAAAGGCGCAAUUACAAAUGCAGCCACAGCAGCAACCAACACCACAGCAACCACAAGCAAUGAUGCAAUACAUGUGGCAUCCACCCCCACAGGCGCAGAAUCAACAACAGCAACCGCAGCAGCCGCAGCAGCAGCAGCAGCAGCAACAGCAACAACAAAUAGGCGCAAUACCACAGCAGUUCCUCACACCACAAUACACCAACCUUGCCUCGGCACCGCAGCGCUAUGCGCUUGUUUCUGCAAACGGUCAACAACAGUAUAUUAUGGCAUUGGCUAUGAAUCCCCUUCAACAGUUUCAGCAGCAGCAGCAACAACAACAACAGCAGCAGCAGCAGUUUCAGCAGCAUUCUCAGCAGUUCCAGCAACAACCACAGGCUGCAAGACCCGUGUAUCUCACAAGCCAACAGCCGCAACCGAUGUUUACCACCUCAAUGCUUCCUUCGGGAAUGCCACCUGGGUAUCGAUUCAAUUAA